UAUGGUCUACACGGAACGCACCGAUCUCUGUCUCUCGAGCAGCAAGGACAAUGCCGGACAGGGCAAAUCCCAGCCGAAGUCGACGUCCAGCCCCAGCUCCUCCAGCUCCAGCUCGGGCGCCUGGAGCAGUCAGGCCUCGAGCGCCGAGAAAUGGAAAUACAAUAAUAUGGUCAAGGACAAUCGCGAAAAGUUCAAUGCCAUGCACUUCUCCUAAUUCCCAACCUGUUUACGGGCAAUGGGGAUUUAUUUUUGGAGCUAGUUCAACGUGAUCGAGACUAAUUGUUAUAUCUGGGCUUAAUGGGUUAAUUGUAGCUUAGUCGUAAGCCUGUUAUUAAUUACAAAUGUUAAAAUUUUAAAUUAUCUUGCUAGAAUUAAAAAAAAAGAUGCGCAAAACAAACAAA